CGCGCAGGCGGAGGCGCGGAGCCGCGCAGGGGCGGCGGGCCCGCUCGGCCCGGCUCGGCUCGGCACGGCUCGGCCCGGCCUGGCUGCGCGCCGGGCGAGGAUGCGGGAGGGGCGGCCCGCGGCCCCCCGCUGCCCGCCCGCGCUGCCUGCCCUGCCCGCCCUGCCCGCGCUGCCCGCGCUGCCCGCCCUGCCCGCGUAAGGGGCGCCCGCGCCGCCGCCACCAUGAAGAAGCAAUUCAACCGCAUGCGCCAGCUCGCCAACCAGACCGUGGGCAGGGCUGAGAAGACAGAGGUUUUGAGUGAAGAUCUCCUGCAGGUGGAGAAGCGCCUGGAGCUGGUGAAGCAGGUCUCCCACAGCACCCACAAGAAGCUGACGGCAUGUCUGCAGGGUCAGCAAGGCGUGGAUGCAGACAAGCGCUCGAAGAAGCUGCCGCUGACAACGCUGGCACAGUGCUUGAUGGAGGGAUCGGCUGUGCUGGGCGACGACUCCCUGCUGGGGAAGAUGUUGCGGCUCUGCGGGGAGGCAGAGGACAAGCUGGCUCAGGAGCUCAUCCACUUCGAGCUGCAGGUGGAGAGGGAUGUCAUCGAGCCCCUCUUCGUGCUGGCUGAGGUGGAAAUCCCAAAUAUCCAAAAGCAGAGGAAGCACUUGGCAAAGCUCGUGCUGGACAUGGACUCUUCCAGGACACGGUGGCAGCAGUCCGCAAAGUCCUCGGGUUUGGCCAGCAACCUGCAGCCCUCGGGCGCCAAAGCCGACGCUCUCAGGGAGGAGAUGGAGGAGGCGGCCAACAGAGUGGAGAUCUGCAGGGACCAGCUGUCAGCUGACAUGUACAAUUUUGUGGCCAAAGAAGUAGACUAUGCAAACUAUUUUCAAACUCUGAUCGAGGUGCAGGCAGAGUACCAUCGGAAAUCCCUAGCGCUUUUGCAGAACGUCCUGCCUCAGAUUAAAGCCCAGCAGGAGGCGUGGAUGGAGAAGCCCUCCUUCGGGAAGCCCUUGGAGGAGCACCUGGCUGUCAGCGGGCGGGAGAUCGCCUUCCCCGUGGAGGCGUGCGUGACGAUGCUCCUGGAGUGCGGCAUGCAGGAGGAGGGUCUCUUCCGAGUGGCUCCCUCGGCCUCCAAGCUGAAGAAGCUCAAGGCUGCCCUGGACUGCUGUGUGGUGGAUGUGCAGGAGUACUCGGCCGACCCCCACGCCAUCGCAGGAGCCCUCAAAUCCUACCUGCGAGAGCUGCCGGAGCCCCUCAUGACGUUUGAGCUGUACGAGGAGUGGAUCCAGGCAUCCAACAUCCCGGAGCAGGAGAAGCGGCUGCAGGCACUCUGGAGCACCUGCGAGAAGCUGCCCAAAGCCAACUACAACAACAUCAGGUAUGUGAUUAAAUUCCUGGCCAAGCUGACGGAGUACCAGGACACGAAUAAAAUGACCCCGAGCAAUGUGGCCAUCGUGCUGGGACCCAACCUCCUCUGGCCGCAGGCGGACGGGAACAUGACGGAGAUGAUGACGACCGUCUCACUGCAGAUCGUGGGCAUCAUCGAGCCGCUCAUCCAGCACGCCGACUGGUUCUUCCCCGGAGACAUCGAGUUCAACGUGACGGGCAACUAUGGCAGCCCCAUGCACAUCAACCACAACGCCAACUACAGCUCCAUGCCCUCCCCGGACAUGGACCACGCGGACCGCCGGCAGCACGACCAGGCGCGGCGGCCCCUCAGCGUGGCCACGGACAACAUGAUGCUGGAGUUUUACAAGAAGGAUGGCCUUAGGAAAAUCCAAAGCAUGGGUGUCAGGGUGAUGGACACCUCGUGGGUGGCUCGCCGAGGCACCUCGGUGGUGCGCAAGGCAUCGUCCACCCCACCGAGCGCUCAGCCUCCCGCGCCGCCCACUGAGCUCCCCGCUGCACCCCACUCGCCCAUUCCUGAGCAAUCGCCGGAUAUUUCAGCUACCCCUUCCCCGCCUCCCACCAGCUUCGGCUUCCCCCCAGGAGCCGAGCGGACAAGCACGGGAAAGCCCCGGGAGCCCGGCGCCGGGCCGGGGGGGGCGCCGCCGCCCGCCGAGCAGAGCCCGCACGCCCCGCGCAAAGUGGCCAAGAAGCUGGCGCCCAUCCCGCCGCGGGCGGCCGCGGGGGAGCAGGGGGGGGGGCAGCCCUCCCCCGCCAGCCUGUCCCCCACCCCCCCCAGCACCCCCUCCCCGUACGGCCCCCCCGGCGCCCCCCCCGGCGCCUGCCUGCCCGCCGGGCAGCCCCCCCCGCCGCCGGCCCCGCUCCCGCCCCCCGCCGCCGCCGCCAAGUCCCGCCCCAGCGCCAAGCCGCGGCCGCGCCCCGCGCUGCCCCCCCCCGCCGCAGCCCCCCCCCGGCCGCCCCCGCGCCCCCCCAGCCCCCGGAGCUGCCCCGCCUGGACGCCGCGGGCCCCGGGGACGCCGCGCUGGCAGGUCUGCUCCGUUUUGAGGUCCCCUCCCUCCACGUCCCCCUGGAUGCCACCCUGUGCCGGGACCUGCCAGAGGCACCGCAGAGACUCUCGGGGCCGGGCCCGGCUGCUCGGCAGGAGGAGGAGGAGGAAUCGGAGAGCACAGCCCUAUGACAGUGUCCCUGUCCCCAAGCUCAUCCUUGCAGCACCCAGGGGCCAGCACCGGCCACCGGCACCGAGGGCCACCGGCACGCCAGUUUUGGGUGGCAAAGCGCCCGGUUUGGGGGCAGUCGCUGUUCUUUAUUUCAUUUUUUUUUUGCCUUAUCCAGACUUUGCCUUUCGACUGGGUGCCUGUGCCCCCCCCGCCACCCCGCAGCACCCAUGGUCCUGGGGUGAUGCCACCAUCUCCUUUGGUGCCCUGACAGCAGGUGCCACUGGGUACCAGCCAGGUGACAAUGAGCUCGCCGGCGCUUUGCAGCGGGAUUUCAUUUCUUCGGCUUCUUCUCCCUCUGCUUGUUUGCCGGAGCAGGAUGGGACCUGACCAGCAAUAACCUGGGGACGCACAUGUGGCCCCCCCAGGCUCUCGGGGUGCUGGCGGGUGAGGGUACGCAUCCCUCGGCACCCGCUGUCCUCCUGGGUUGGUGGCUUUGGUUGUGCAUGCAAAGACAAAUUAACAAAGAUUAAUUAUCCUUUCCAGAGAGAUAAGAGAUAGAUAUAUAUAUAUAUCGGCAGAGAUAUAUAUAUAUUAUAUAUUUGUAUAUAUAUAUAGAAAAAAUAUAUAGAGAUUUGGUUUUUUGGAGCCAUUGCCGCCCACCCGGUGCACAGAGGGAGGAUGGAAAUGGCAGCGCUUGGCCCCCGCCCCGCUCGCGCCGUGCCCCUCGCCCCAGGUGGGCACUGGGGGGGCACCAGCACCCCAAAGCAAUCAAUAAAUCCAUGUGCCACCCGCUGUGAACUGCCCGGCAGCGCUGGCGUUUGGUUAAUACCUGUCGGCGCCGGCAGCACCCUGCCUGGCUGUGGCAGCGGCGGCGGGGGGUGUUAUGUGGGGGGGAUGAGGGCUGGGGGGGCGAUGGUGUGGGGGGUCGGUACGGGAUGUUGUGGUCCUGCUGCCAUGGGGCAGCACCAGGGCUGGAUUGGUGCCCACUGAUGGAGGCUCUCGGAAGGUGCUUUGCUGUAGGAAAUGGGGUUUAAUGAGGGUUGGGGCGAUAAAAUGAUGGGGAUUUUGCUUUGGGUGGGCUGUUGUGGUCCUGGUCCUGUGAGAUGAGGCACCGUCAGAUCCAGGGCCUGGUCCCAGCCCAGAUUUCAGGCUGGUCCCAGUCCAGAUUUGGAAUGGUCCCAGCCUGGAUUGGUACCUACUGAUGGAUUUUGGGCAUGAGCCCUCAGAGGGCACUUUGCUGUAGGAAAUGGGGUUUAGUGAGGGUUGGGUUGAUAAAAUGAUGGGGUUUGCUCUGUGCAGGCUGUUGUGGUCCCAGUCCCAUGGGAUGGGGCAGCGCCAGGCUUGGGGUGGUCCCAGUCCUGGGGUGGGCACCCACCUGGUUGCAGCAGGUCCUUGCCUGUGUUCUGGGGCUGAGCAGCGUGUGUGCAGAGGUGAGUACCAGGGUGGACGGGCAGCAGUGGGGUUGUACGGCACCAGGAGCUCCCCCCAGUCUGGUGGGAUGGGGUGGGAGCCCAGACUCCCCUUCGCAAGGCGUGGAGAGGCAUGUCCAUGAGGUACAGGGAGGGAAUGCUCUGGGGGAUGCUGCUG